AUGGCAUAUCUCACCAAAAACUCCGUAAAGCCAAUGAAGUCGGCACUGAAGUCUACAGUCUCAAUAAUACGUGACUCGACAUCGAGUCGUCCCCUUCAAAAUACCUUCUCCAGUAAAAAAGGCACUUCACAUAAAGUUCCCUCGCUUAAUAAUAAUGGCCUUAUUACUACUUCAUAUGAUUAUACUUCUUUCGCUCCUCUGGCUUCAAGUCAGUCCUAUUCGUCUUUCUCACAGACUUCAUAUCAAGCCCCUUCUUUGAUGAACGAUUCUCCUCUUUUAAUAAGUCGAAAUACUCUAAGCUCACAUUUUCAUACUAUUUUUCGUCGUUCAUUCCAUAAUUGUGCUUCAGUGCCAUUUCGAGGGACUGAAAGAACAGUGAAACCUCAUUCCUCUAAACCUCGAAAAUUUUUAGACACAUCUUGUUCGAUUAAGCCAAAUCCCACCACAUCUCACUCUAUUUUUGAUCUCUUCGAUAAACCAUUCUCAACGGCACGUAAAUCCUUGAGUUUUUCUCAUGGGGCUUCCGGCAUCCCUAAACAUCCAGACAAAUUGGCGUCAAAUUCAACUGACGGAAAUUAUUUCAGUAUUAAUUGUGGAGAAGAUAGUUUCUUCCGAAGACAUGACUCUUUGGGCGUUGCUGACGGUGUCGGAGGCUGGCGUCAUCCUCCUCAUAUGGAACAUGUUGUCGUCAAUUCCGCUUUAUAUUCUCGGAAAUUAAUGCAUUACGCAUACAAGGAACUGGAAAAAUACGAUAUUAUUAACAACGAAGAAUAUUAUCAUUAUGAUAAUGUCAAUCCUAAGCAAAUUCUCCAAACAAGCUAUGAUAAAACUCUCCGAGAUUGUGCAUUGGAGGGAAUUGUUGGAUCAUCUACAGCUUUAAUUUCAGUACUACGGGGUGAUGAACUUCGUAUUGCGAAUUUAGGAGAUUGCGGAAUAAUAGUGAUUAGACACAAUGACGUGAUAUUUCGGAAUGAGGAACAACAGCAUUCAUUCAAUUAUCCAUACCAAUUAGGGACAGGGUUAUUUGAUGAACCUUCAGAUGCUCAAACUAUCAAUGUAAAGAUCAAAAGUGGUGAUAUAGUAGUUCUGGGCUCAGAUGGCUUAUUUGACAACUUAUUUGAUGAUGAUAUUGUGGAAGAGGUUAGACGAAAUGGAUUACGCGCUCAAACUAUUAGCGAUGCGCUUGCAUGGCGAGCAAAAGGAGUUAGCGGGGAUUUGAACAAUGUCAACGGGAGUCCUUUUCAAUGUCGAGCCUCUCAAGAAGGAUUAUACCAUUUAGGAGGCAAAAUGGACGAUAUUACAGUUUUAGUAGCUAUUGUUACUGAAACACAUGAUUCAUAA